AUGAAUUGCUUGCCUUUUGAGGACUUGAAGAACUGGGAUUAUGCAAUCAGUUAUGAUGUGGGAUCAGCUAGCCCACUAAGCCCCUCAUUAAAUUUUUCUCUAGAGCUUGUCAGAAGUACACAGCUGGUUGCAUCAUUCUAUCAGCACCAGGUUGUCCUAAGGGAGGUAUCACCUACGUGCCAUGUUAGUAAAGUAAAAGGAGGUCCUCGUUUUGAAGAUGCAGACGAAAUUGUAAACUACAUUGAUUUUGGUGUUGAACUAGCCACAAGGGUGGGUAAGGACAAACCAACCGACGAUGCCGACAAUUCCUCGUUUCAGAUAGCUGCAAACUGGCAGGCCAAUAAGAACUUCCUAGUAAAGGGGAAGUUAGGGCCCUCCAAAUCUUCUGUAGCUUUGGCAUUGAAGUCUUGGUGGAAACCCAUGUUUACAUUUAGCUUCAUAGCUGUGAAUGAUCAUGCGAAGGGUACAAGAGGGUACGGAUUUGGAAUCCAUGUCGACGAUCAGAGAGACCCAGAUUCCAGCCAUCUCCUCUAG